CACACACACACAAUCCGUGAUGGCUGCUGCUUGUUGAUGGCGAUUUUCCAAACAGAAGCUUAAAAAUACCAGAUUUCCCGUGCAAAAAAAAGUUUUACUCCUCUCAAAUAGACAUCACAUUUUACGAAGAUGACUUCUGCGCUGUAUUUAGAACACUAUUUAGAUGGUUUGGAGCAUUUGCCGAACGAGCUGAAGCGUAAUUUCACGUUGAUGCGCGAGCUGGACUCCCGGGCCCAGGGUAUGAUGAAAUCGAUCGACGAAAAGGCCAACGAGUUCAUGAAACAGCUGGUAAACACAAAGGAAACCUUUCCGGACGACGUGAAAAAGGAAAAGCUGCGAACGAUCCAGGAGCUGUUCAACAAGGCGAAGGAACUCGGCGACGACAAGGUCCAGCUGGCCAUUCAGACGUACGAGCUGGUGGACAAACACAUUCGCCGGCUGGACUCGGAUUUGGCCAGGUUCGAGGGCGAAAUCCAGGACAAGACGCUGAACGUGCGGGAAAAGUCCGAGGAAGCGGUCACGAAGAAGGGCGGCCGGAAGAAGGUCAAGGAUACGAAAAAUUCGGCCAAAAAGAAGCGGGCCCACUCGUCGGAGGACGAGGGCCGGACGGCGGGCGCUAGCGGGGCCAGUGGUGCGGCCAGCGGCGGAGCGAGCGCGAACGGUAAAGGCAAGAACAACAAGAAGCAGAAGGUAAAUCAAGAAAAAGAAGGCCGCAAAGGUCAGAAGAAAAACGCCGAACUGGAUGACAGCGCCCAGGAGGGCCACGGCACGCCCCACCCCAGCGACGUCCUGGACAUGCCGGUCGACCCGAACGAGCCCACCUACUGUCUGUGCCACCAGGUGUCGUACGGCGAGAUGAUCGGUUGCGACAACCCGGAUUGCCCCAUCGAGUGGUUCCACUUUGCGUGCGUCGGGCUGACCACCAAACCGAAGGGCAAGUGGUUCUGUCCAAAGUGCUCACAGGAUCGCAAAAAGAAGUAAGCCGUUCGUGCCGCGACGGCGGCGACGAUUUCCGUUUUGUGACAAAGAAAUGCGAGCGCGCGUGAGACGAAUGUGUUUCGGAUGUGAAUGUUUGGGAAAAAUAUAUAUUGAUUGAACCUAUUAGUAUUUCAAACUGAA